CACGAAAAGCUCCUCGGCAUCCGUUCCUCGCUACUUGAAGCCUGUUGAACUCGGUGAACUCGGAUCAGGCCUCACACAGCACGAUCUGGCGCUCACCCUACUGAUCUACACAUCACCUCACACAAUGCCAUCCUCAGGCUCAGGCAUCCCCCCACCCCCACCAAACUCCAUCCCCGCCCUCUCCCUCUCCAUCCUCCACGACUUAAUCCUCGACAACCUCCACGACAUCGCCCUCUCCGCUCACACCCACGCCCACACCUCCCGCCAAAUCUGCCCUACCCACAACAAACCCUGUCGUCAAUUCUGUUCACUACCAAAUAAAGACAUUUGGGGUAAAGACCUGGUGAAUGGUGGGAAGGAAGGGGGUGCGGGAGGUGGGGGAGGGAGUGGAGCGUACGUUAGGUGUGAUAUUUGUGGGAGGGAGGUUGCGGGAAGUAGGUUUGCGCCGCAUUUGGAGAAGUGUUUGGGGUUGGGAGGGGCGAGACGAGCAGCCUCAAGCUCAAAGAAGGGAUCAGGCACAGCCUCACCAUACACCUUCGCAACAAACUCCGACGCCUCAGACGAUGAUUUCGAGUUAUCCGAUGCCUCCACCGCGGCAUCCGGAAAGAGUAAGAAACGAAAGAAUCCACCGAUUGAGAAGAAGAGUCAUGUGCAGAAGUUUAAGCAGGCGAGUGGGGGGAGGGGUGCGAGUCCGGCUGUGUCGGAGAGAGCGAAUGGGAGUGGGAGUUGGGAUGGUGGUGGAGUGGAGAUGGAGAGGAGUCGAAGUGAGGGCACUGGAGGAAAGACGCUGCCGGGGAAGAGGUAGGGUGAUGUGUGAAGGAUAUAUGAAAGACGCAUUUGUGAUGGACAAACGCCAUGAAGCGAUGCCUUGACGAAGGCAGCAUCAAGACAGAGAUCGACAAGGGCGGAGAUGCUGGAAGAGAACGAACCUAGACAGGAAGCGAUUUGGACCGAUCGUGGAUAGAUAGAAGUAACAGAAGUUUAUUUGCAGAUAGCAUAUAUGAAGACAUUCUGACGAACGGAGUUUU